AUGUCGGCCGCCACGCAGGGCACCAGCACGAAUGCGGGCCCCGCCGCCUUCACCGUCCUCACAUCGCGCAAGCGGCGUCAGGGAUCUGCGGGGCCCUCGACUUCCUACCACGUCCACCACUCUGGCGCGCGGCAUCCCUGCUCGUCGUCGUCGGCGUCAUCAUCAUCAUCAAGCACAAAGCCAGGGUAUGCGCUCGACGCCCUGUCGGCCGCUCACCUCGGCCACGGCGAUGCGAUGGACAUGGAUGACGACCCGACCUCGGCCGACGACGGCGGCGACGGCGCCACCACCAUUGCCGUUCCCGGCGAGCCGCUGGCCUCGUCGUCGCUCUUUAUGCGCGGACACGGCACCACGCUCAGCAGCACGGGGACCAUCACCUCGACCGUGGCGGGGACGCUGGUGCUGACCAACAAGCUGCUCAGCAUCCCGCCCAUCCGCUCGCGCUACAUCCCCGAGAUUGGCGACCUCGUCAUCGGCCAGGUCACGUCGCUCUCGCCCAAGCGCUGGAAGGUCGACAUCCACUCGCGCUCCGACGCCUCGCUCCAGCUCUCGUCCAUCAACCUGCCCGGCGGUGUGCAGCGCAGGAAGCUCGAGAGCGACGAGCUCCAGAUGCGCAACUUCUUCAAGGAAGACGACUGGGUCGUCGCAGAGGUCCAGAGCGUCUUCCACGACGGCACCGUCGGCCUCCACACCCGCUCGCUGCGCUACGGCAAGCUGCGCAACGGCACCGUCCAGAAGGUCGAGGCCGGCCGCGUCAAGCGCCUCAAGUCGCACUUUUGCGACGUCACCCUCGCGCCGCCCCGCGCCGGCCACGACGAGGCGGCGCUGGAUCGGGAUCGGGACCCCGGCCGCGACGCCGCCAAGCCGGUCAAGCUCGACCUCAUCCUCGGCCUCAACGGCUACAUCUGGAUCGCCAAGCACGUGCCCUUUAGCCUGUCCAAGGCCGAGGGGACCGAGGGCCAGGGAAUGGCGGGGACGGGCACGGGCAGGGACGUCGACGCCGUCUACACCGACGACAACGAGGAGAUCGACACCGCCACGCGCGCCGCCAUCUCGACGGCCAGGAAGGUCAUUGCCAUCCUCGACGCCUGGUGCGUCCCCAUCAGCGAUGUUGCCGUCGAGAGGGCGUACGAGACCCUCGUCGAGCUCCACCGCGGCGAGGGCGACGUCGAGCCCGAGGUGCAGAGGAUCGUCGUCGAGAGCACGCUCGAGGCCGUGGCCUAG